CGGCAGAGCGGAAGUCACUACGUGAGGCAGUGGCGACAGCGGCGGCGAGAGGAUGAACAACAAGUUCGACGCCUUAAAAGAUGAUGACAGUGGAGACCAUGAUCAAAAUGAAGAAAACAGCACACAGAAAGAUGGUGAGAAGGAAAAAACAGACAGAGACAAGAGCCAGAGCGGUGGCAAAAGAAAGGCUGUUGUCCCUGGACCAGCAGAACAUCCCCUGCAGUACAACUACACCUUUUGGUACUCUAGGAGAACCCCUGGCCGUCCCACCAGCUCACAGAGCUAUGAGCAGAACAUCAAGCAGAUUGGCACCUUUGCCUCUGUGGAGCAGUUCUGGAAGUUUUACAGCCACAUGGUACGUCCUGGGGACCUGACUGGCCACAGUGACUUUCAUCUCUUCAAAGAAGGGAUUAAACCUAUGUGGGAGGAUGAUGCAAAUAAAAAUGGGGGCAAGUGGAUCAUUCGACUUCGGAAGGGUUUGGCUUCCCGCUGCUGGGAGAAUCUCAUCCUGGCCAUGCUCGGGGAGCAGUUUAUGGUUGGGGAGGAGAUCUGCGGGGCUGUGGUCUCAGUCCGCUUUCAGGAGGACAUUAUCUCUAUAUGGAAUAAGACUGCCAGCGACCAAGCAACCACAGCCCGAAUCCGGGACACUCUUCGGCGCGUGCUUAACCUACCUCCCAACACCAUUAUGGAAUACAAAACUCACACCGACAGCAUCAAGGCCUGGGAGGAGUUUCAUGGCCUGGUGAACAGCAGCGGCCGCUGAUCGGACGCUCCCCCUCUGUCUCUCACACUCAGGGGACAAUUCAAGCUUUCGAAAUACAAAAAUCACAUUGUGAAAGCGCACAAGCUGGCAGUAAUCCUUUUCUGUUUGUGUGUCUGUCUGAAUUGGAUGCGAGGCUCAGGCAGGUCUUCUGUCUGUUCAAUGAAGGGGUGUACCUAAACCAUGUGCUCCCCUUCUGCACUCGUUCCUGGAACACGGACUCUGCUAGACACCUUCCAGCAUUGCUGACCUUACAAGCAAGAAGAAUGGGAAAAUGUGACUAUGUAACAGACAAACACUUUAAGUGGGGUUCUGUGCAGGAGUGCAGCUGUCUUCUUCUGUGUACUCUCCAGAUGCCUCUUGGCAUCCUGCUGUGCUCUCCUGCUGUGUGAAGGACUUGCUGACUGACCACACGUAUGUGCCCUGUGCAGGGUCUGAGCUGAGCGUUAUCAGUAUUAUGAAUGCUUGCACAUCCAGGAACAGCCUCUGCCUAGAGCUGAAGAGAACCAAAUGCCUCUUCCAGCCCUACUGUUAAGUUAUUGUGUGUUCCUCUCCCCUAAGCCCACCACCACUUUGAACAUGUGUUAAGAUAUGCUGACAGCCUAGGAUUCUGUGUCCUUUGCGCCUUACACCUCCAGUGGGACUCUUCUUCUUAGGCACUGCAGCACUUAAGUCGUGAUCCUGGGCAGCACAGGUUUGCCAAAAAAGCCUAAAGCAUCAGCCCUGUAAGACAGGCUGGAGAAGAAUGUGGUUCAGUCAGAAGCCUGAUCAUAGUGCAGGUCCCACGUGUGGGGUUGGGGCUGAAACCAGCCUCCCAUGUAAGCAAGACUUGUGUGCUGAGUAUGCUCUGUGGGGCUUGCAUGCCUGUCAUGGAGGUAGAAACAAUGGCUGUUUAGUGCCACAUUAAAACUGUAGGUCCCACAGUGCUGAAAUGAACAACUGAAGAAAUGGCAGCCUUGCUGGAUGCUUUCAUUUGAUGGCUGUGUCUGUCAGCUGUGGUUGGAAAAGACUUUUGGUCCUUGACACCUGGAUGUAGACAGAUUAUCCAGAUCCCUCAAUGCCCAGAAGGCUCCUACAGGCAUGUCUUCAUCAGAGAAGCUGACUUUGGGAGCCUGAGGCCAGAGAGGUCAAAAAGCACCCAAGAUCAAGGAAGAAGUGGGCAGCGGCAGCAGCUUCAAGUGCUCUGUGCUGGGCUCUUGUGAGCCGAGAUGGCAGUACCUUAAAUUAAGGCCUCUCUUUAAAGCGUGUCCCUGAAGCCUGGGUGGGGUUCCUCAGCCGUAGGGCUCAGGAACUCUGAAGGUAACAGCAUCUCCUUGUAUCCAUCCUACUCUUCCAGCUCUCCAGCUCCUGCCCUCCAGUCUCUGUGUCUGGGGAUGCCUUGCCCUGAAAGAACAGUACAGGGCCAAGAGGGAAGGUGUUUCCGCUGCGGGUGAAGCCAUCUGAGAAGAAAGUCCAACAGCGAUUGAAGCUCCAGGAAUCUGAAGAAUGCAUUCUGGGGUGGUUGUGAAGGGCUCGGCAGCCCCAGAGCAUCAUUGGCUGUCAAGGAGGCAGAGGCUCCUCUGGAGGCUUGACUAAGCAGGAGGCCUCCACAGUUGCCUGUGCUCAUGUUGCCUCAAAAUUCCAAAGAGCAGACAUUUAGACUUGCCUUCCUUUGGGCAUCUCUCUGGGUGUGUGUGUGUGUGUGUGUGUGUGUGUGUGUGUGUGUGUGUGUGUGUGUGUGUGUAAUGCGUUUAUGAGUGAGGCCUGUGUCAGGUCUAGUGGUCUGGUUAAAUGUUUUGUUUGCCUUUUUAAUCUCAUUUGUUCAGAUAUUUGAAUCUCUUGUGUUUUCUGGAGCUAGUCUUUCCCAGUCCUUUUGGUCAUAGUAUUUGACAGUUGGGUUUUUUUCCCUCCAUCCAAAGUGUGCUCAUUAGAGGGGUUCUCACUGUCAGGCAGCAGCUUAACCCCAGUGUUCUUCCAGGUGCUCUGCCUAACAGCUUAAGGGGAAAUUGAACUCUCAGUUUACCCAAACCACCCACUUUUUUUCAUGCUAGCUGGAGAAAUCUCUCCAUUUACUUUUGACUCCACAGGCCUCGGGUAGGCCAAGAUACCACAUAGUUAUGGUUGUGGUAUCAUCUGUUCUCCAAACAGGAGGUAGAGGCUGCCGGAGCCAUGUGACCAGCACGAUCAGUUGCUGCUAGACAAGGGGAGUGAUGUUUGUGCUGUGCGCCCUCUGCCUUCACGCCCGCUCCUCUCCAGAGCCUUUCCCUUUGUUCUUUUGUGUAUUUUCCCUGUGACACUAGCAAUGGAGAACCUUUUCAUCCAGAGACAAACUUGUCAGUGCUCCCAAGAAUGAAUUUCCAGGGGUUUACAGGAGGGGAAGGAACAGGGGCUGUGGCAGUGUGUGGCAGUGUGUGGCAGUGUGUGGCAGUGUGUGGCAGUGUUGCACUUUGAGGGGACUGUCUACUGCAGUAAUAAACGGAAAGUAUCAGCGAGA